AAAAAAAAAAAAGGAGACACCCUUAACUAAAAACUAAUUAAGGGACCUUAUUUGGUAAAAACUCAAGGGUUUUGUCCGGUAAAACAUUUGUUUUUUAUAUGAAUAAUGAAUAAUUUAUUCUCUGACGAAAUCCUUUUGUACUUGUUACAUUAAAUAUGAAGGGCCUUAAUGAUAAGAACAAUGUCUUUAAUGUCCAUUCACAUGUGCAACCACGGUAUGCUACCCAAUUAUCGGAGACCACUCUCCGCUCUAAAAAUAAUAUAUAGAGUGGCAUAAAAAAAAAAAAAAAAGUUUAUGACCAAUACCAACAGCAUCACCAUCCAUCAUCAAAGCCUCGCUUUGUCUCCUCAAAUCAACACGUAAUUUCCUCCCUCUUUCCUUCCCACUUUAUCUCCUCCACUAACACGAUGAUCGCCUCUUCUGCUUCUUCCCCUUCCUCUUCCUCCUCUGGAUCUCGGAAGAAGAAGAUGAAGCCCGGCCUGACAGCCCAAGCGGAGAACAAGUGGCGGACCGCCGCACAGGAGCAGGUCUAUGGCCGCCGUCUCCUCGAGGCCCUCCGCUCCACCGGCGGUGCCCCCGCGGGGCCGCGCGCCGUCAAGGAGGCGGCCGACUCCGCCCUCGCGCUCACCGCCAGGGGACAGUCCCGCUGGAGCCGGGCCAUCCUCCUCGGCCGCUGCUGUCCCCGCCGCAAGCUCCUUCUCAAGGCGGGCGGCAGGAUCCGCCGCGGGCGCAGGCAGCCGCGGCCGUCGGCGCCGGUGCCGCAGCAACAGGUGUCGGCCGAGCUGAGGGGAAAGAAAGUGAGGGACCGGCUACGGGUGCUGGGCCGGCUGGUGCCCGGGUGCCGGAAGCUGUCGGCGUCGGGCCUCCUGGAGGAGGCGGGCGACUACGUGGCGGCGCUGGAGAUGCAAGUGAAGACGAUGAGGGCGCUAACGGAGGCGCUCUCGGCGGCGUCACUGUCCGCGGGGCCCACUGGCGAGCCCGGUACCUGAAUGGUGGUUCGACGGGCUCCACCUACUCCCUAUGUAUUAGCCAGCCGAUGGAACCAAUAAUUGAUGUAUAUGAUUGAUGGAGUAUGUAUGCAAAGAUUUACUAAUGUUGGUGGCUAUUUUGUGUAUAAUUGUAAUAUCCUGACACCUGUAUAUGCUGCACACAAGAAUGCUGAUGAUGAGAAUUUGAUGUCU